AUGAAACUUAAGGUUGUAAUGGAAAAGCCGGUCGAGCUGCGCAAAUGUCUCUCGUUUCUCAUUGCGUUGCGACGGAUGUGCGUGUUUCGCUUUACCGAGCAGCAACUGAUCAUAAUAUCUUCUGGAUUGAACGAACCCACUGUUUGGUGUAAGCUUGAUUCGAGCAUAUUUCAGCUUUACGAGGUGGAUUCCGCACGCAACAACGUGAUACCGUUCGAGAUCAACAUCGAGCCUUUGUUACAGGUGCUACGCAACUACGAAAAAUCCAACGUUUCCAGCAGUCUGGUGAUUCGCCUGCAACGAAGGCCCUCCAAUGGUGGAGAGAUCAAAAACAAAGCCGCCGCGUCGCUUGCGCUUUUUUACACUGAACAGAUCUCAGUGACAUCGAACGUGAGCCAUUCGUUUAACGUUCCUGUGCGCCUGCUGAAAAUGGACAGCGAUCUGCGCAUUGUAGAGCCGACAAUGGACAGCAUGAAGCUGGCCAUGAAAUUGCCGGUCAAGAUCGCUCCUUUGCUCAAACGUCUGGAGCGCUACCGGACGUCAGACCUGAUCUCCAUUGUGGGAAAUCAGACCGGACAGCUGAAGUUUGUCAUAGAGGAAGAACAACGCAAAAUAAUGGUCCAAUGGAAAGGGCAGCUGGACGUUCUGCCCGACGACGACGACUCCGUGCCCGAAAGCUGGGACUCGAGCGUGCUACGACCGGUGUCGCUGAAAGUGAAGUUGAAGCACUGGAACGUUGGUGCGAAGCUGAUGGAACUGUGUGACGCAAUGUCUCUCAUCAUCCACACACAGGGCGGGAUCCUACACUGCUACAUCGACAUGGACCAGAAAUGCGAUAUUGCUUAUUAUCUAAAUGGAUAUCAGACUAAUUAGGCGUGCUCUGCUCCAUACUCUCUCACAAAGUCGCAUAGCAGCUUGACACUCUCCAGGGACACAGCGUUGUACAAAGAAGCUCGCAUGCCCCCAACGGAACGGUGGCCCUUUAGACCCGUGAGGUUUCUUUGCUCUGCAGCUUUCAGAAACUCGGCGUCUGAGCCGUCUGCCAGCGUGAACACCACGUUCAUUUUCGAUCUCACCGACUUUUCCACAGGGAGCUUAUACACGCUAGGAAAUUCGUCCAGAGCCUCGUACAGAAGCUUGGCCUUCUGCUCGUUGGCCUUCUGCUGGACAUCAAGACCACCUUUCUGGAUCAAGUUUUGCAGUACAAGGUCCACGAUAUGUACGGUGAACGUUGGAAUAGUGUUGUAUGCCGACUUGUUCUUAACGACAGUUGGGAAGUCAAAUGCGAUAGGGCUCAACGGGAUGUUAAGCCUGUUCAGAUCGUCCUCAGCUGGGUGGUCCAGAAGGCUUUUUUUGAUGAUAUAGACCGUGAUACCGGCCAGACCAACGUUUUUCUGCGCACCUGCAAAUAUACAGCCGUACUUGGAAACGUCCACCUUUUUCGACAAAAAGUUCGAGGACAUAUCUGAAACAAUCUCAACGCCUGGGAACUUUUCAAAUGGAAACUCUAGGAACUCGACACCGUUGACGGUCUCGUUAUCACAGAAGUACAGGUACGAAGUGUUGGACAGAUCUUGAGGAAUGCUCCACUUGUCGGUGGCCGGAAUAGUGCCAAACCUGCCGUCGACCUUCUUCGAGUCCAGCACUAUGUCCGGGUUGAAACCCAGUCUUGUGGCCUCCUCGGCAGCCUUUUUCGACCAGCUUCCAGUCACGACGUAAGCUGGUGUGCCCUUGCGCCCGGUCUUCUUGGCAAACGAGGCUGUAAGAUUAGUUGCGAUAGACGAAAAACCAGUGGUUCCGCCUCCUUGCAUGAAGAAAACCUCGUGGGUGUCUGGAAUGUCGAGCAAUUCGACCAGAUGCUGGCGAGUGCUCUCUAUAAUAUUGGCACCAGCAGCCGAGCGAUGGCUGAUCUCUCCCGCGCCAAGACCAAUCCCUUGGAAGUUGAUCAAGUCCCGAGCAGCCUGUUGUAGUACACUAGUUGGGAGUAGGGCAGGUCCCGCUCCAAAAUAAUUUGGCUCUUUUCUCUCGAGUGAC